CUGAAUUCAACCCAAAACUUGCUUUUGUAUUUUAUGGCCUUUUAUUUAACCUCAACGACAGAGAAAACAGAAACCACAGGUCAAAUCCUCAAGGCUCAAGGCGAGCUGUUCUUUCUUUUCUUCUCUCUCUCUCUUUUUAAUUCUCUUCUUGGCGGCCAUUGAAAUGAACAAAACAAACCAGAGAAAUUCUUGCAGUGUUCUUGUAAAGCUUCAUUUUUCCCAUAACCAUGUUUUUUGGUGAUAUAUUCAUUCCCUUAUCUUCUUUUCCUUCUGUUAAAACCCCAUUAGACUUGUUUUUCUCUUGGUAUUCGUGUUCCUCUUUCAACUUUUACUAAAGCCCAUUUCCAUUUCAUCUCUCUCAAAAGGAGGGGAUUGGUUUACAGCCUUCCAAGGGCUUGGUUGAGAUCUGGGGUUUGUAUUUUCACUUCUAUUUGGUACUUUUUGGGGAGUUUUUUUUUGUUUGAUUUCUAUUUUGUGGUUGUCCUCUUUAGUGGGUUUGUGGGGGGUGGGUUUUGGGAUCUGAAAUUGUGAAAUGGGUAGUAAGUGGAGGAAGAUGAAGCUGGCUCUUGGUUUGAAUCUUUGUGUUUUUGUUCCAAGAACACUUGAAGACUCUCCAUCUUUACCUGAUUGUGAUUCUACUGAGAGAUUUUCAGACGCUGCUUUGCUUUCUCCUGCACAUUGGGGCUCUUCUCGCCCUUCUACACCAACUCCAUCUUCUCAUGGCUUAACUUUCUCUAAAAGUGGCAGCAAAUCUUCAAAGCAGACUUGCUCAAUUUGCUUAACAAAGUUGAAACAAGGAGGCGGACUUGCUAUAUUUACAGCUGAAUGCUCACAUUCCUUCCAUUUUCACUGUGUCGUAUCGAAUGUAAAACAUGGCAAUCAAAUAUGCCCAGUCUGCAGAGCACAAUGGAAAGAAAUUCCUGUGCAAGGUCCCAAUUUGGAUCCUCCUUCUGGAAGAGCAUCAGUUGGUCCUGCUGGCUGGAACCAAAAUAAUUCUUUAAUGACUGUUGUCCGACGAUUACCUCCUCCUCGAAGGGAUUUGAGCCGGAGACUCAUUGUUCCAUUAUGUCAGGCUCCCGAGCCAGGUGUGUUUGAUGAUGAUGAAUCAUUAGGUAACCAGACUAUUUGUGCUGAAAGUUCUUGCAACAAAAGUAGUGCAGAUGGCGACUCCACUAAAAUAAUACAGAUGAAGACGUAUCCAGAGAUUUCUGCUGCUCCAAAGUCGAAAUCUUAUGAUGAUUUCACCGUACUUGUCCAUCUUAAAGCUGCUGCUGCUUCAUUUAGGAGACAAAACUGCACUGGAAAUCAAGCUAGUUUGCCACAGUUUUCUCGGGCUCCUCGUGCACCAGUUGACUUAGUAACAGUUCUCGACAUCAGUGGUAGCAUGGCUGGUACUAAACUUGCAUUGCUAAAACGAGCAAUGGGAUUUGUGAUACAGAAUCUUAGCUCUAGUGACAGACUGUCAGUAAUUGCCUUCUCCUCAACAGCUCGUCGCCUUUUUCCUCUUCGGCGGAUGACUGACACAGGUCGCCAACAGGCCCUACAGGCUGUCAAUUCUUUAGUUGCAAAUGGCGGAACCAAUAUUGCUGAAGGCCUAAGAAAGGGUGCCAAAAUAAUGGAAGAUCGAAGGGAAAAGAAUGCAGUUUCAAGUAUAAUACUGUUGUCGGAUGGCCAGGAUACGUAUACGGUCAGUGGUUCAGGAGUUAACCAACCACAACCCAAUUACCAGUUACUUCUUCCUCUGUCAAUGCAUGCUAAGGACGAGUCAGGAUUCCAGAUUCCUGUUCAUUCUUUUGGAUUUGGUGCAGAUCAUGAUGCUUCUUCUAUGCACUCGAUUUCCGAGAUAUCUGGGGGAACCUUUUCUUUUAUCGAGACUGAAGCUGUGAUCCAAGAUGCAUUUGCACAGUGCAUUGGGGGUCUCUUAAGCGUGGUGGUGCAGGAGCUGCAAGUUGCAAUUGAAUGUGUACACCCGAAGAUCCAUCUUGGAUCACUAAAAGCUGGAAGUUAUCCAAGUCGUCUGAUGGUUGGUGGACGCACAGGAUUUAUCGAUGUUGGGGACUUGUAUGCUGAUGAAGAGAGGGACUUUUUGGUCUCAGUCAGUGUCCCUGUAGAACCUUCCAGCAAUUCAACACCACUACUAAAAGUUAGGUGUGUUUACAGGGAUCCAAUCACCAAACAAACGACGACAUUGGAAAGCGAUGAAGUUAGGAUCGAAAGGCGCGAAAUGGGAGGUGAACCGGGAGUCAUUUCAGUGGAAGUUGAUCGACAAAGCAACCGACUCCAAGCAGCAGAGGCAAUGGCACAAGCAAGAAUUGCAGCAGAACAGGGAGACCUUGCUGGUGCAGUUGGCAUACUAGAAAAGUGUAGGAUGGCGUUGUCACAAACCGUCUCUGCUAAAUCUCACGACCAAUUAUGCAUUGCCUUAGAUGCCGAGCUCAAGGAAAUGCAAGAGAGGAUGGCCAGCAGGCAUGUAUAUGAGGCAUCGGGAAGAGCAUAUAUUCUUUCAGGACUGAGUUCACAUUCUUGGCAAAGAGCAACCGCAAGAGGUGACUCAACCGAUAGCUCAAGUCUUGUUCAAUCAUAUCAAACCCCAUCAAUGCUAGAGAUGCUUACUCGAUCACAGGCUACAUAUCUGGGUAGCCCAUCAGCACAGAGGCUUGUGCAGCCAUUGUUGUCUUGUAGAUCACAACCAAAACCAAGGUAAUGAAGAAGUUGAAUCCUUUUUGGGUUUUGUCAGCUCUUUUGAAGAAGGGCUGAAAUGAAGAAGGAAAUUUUUGCUGUUUGUUUUUGAUUCCUUAACUGUAUUGUACUUUUGUAAAUGAAUAAAUGGGGAGAAGGGGUGAAAGGAGAUUUUUGGAAGGAAAAAAAGAAACAAGGAGAGAAGUAGGAAGUAGAGUUUUUCUUUUUGGAGGGGUUUUGGUUUUUGUUUCCAUGGGCUAUUCUGGGGUUGGUGUACAUAAAGAGAGAAAUGGUUUUUCUCUGCAAGAGAAUUGGGUAUAAGUGUGUGAUUGUGAAAAAUCUUGGAGAACUCUUCACCUAAUAUAUGGCUUGGCUUGUAAAUCA